CAAUUCAGCCAUAUAUAAUUAUAGGACGAUUCCUUAUCCCCUAGAAUACUACUCCAUCCUCCCCUUUGAUCUUUCUUAAUUUGUUGGUUCAAAAAUGGCACGUAAGGCUUCAAAAAUCAUCCCUCAGGCCAAGCAGCCCAUUGGCAAGAGCCUGAAAUCAGAGGCUAGCCAACUUGUAGCAGCUCAGUUACAAGAAGCUGUUAAGCCCCUCCAACUUCUCAACAUGAUCCACACGACCGUAUUCACACUCAAUGCUGUGAACACCUUGGGAUUGACAGUCAAAAGCUAUAUUCGUCGGACGCGGGUGUUGUUGAGCAUUUCUUCAGACCCCACAAUGCUGAAGGAGAUUGCUAUGGCUGCUGCCCGAGCCGGUGUAUAUGAUCUCUCUAUGCCUGCAGAUCGUGCCGGAUGGAACUUAAGCCCAGUCGAUAUUCUUAAGAUUUCUGAAUGGAUGAAAUCGCCUGAUGGAGAAAACUACAUGCGCCUAAUCUACAAGAGGCAGAAGCUAGAGAAGAAAGUGCGAUCAGAGAUGUAUAACAAGGAAGCUGCAUUAGUUCAGGCCGCCUAUUCUAUUGAGCCACACCUGGAUCAGCUCCUCUCGAUACAACUCCAAGGAUAUAGAGCUGAGGUGAAGAAGAUAAGGAGCGACUACGACAAGAAGAUAGAGCGGUUACACCGUGAAAUACAAAGGCUAGAAUCUCUCAAGGCCCGUGUAUUAUUGAAAGAAAAUUGA